AUGUUGACGAUUACAACGUCGGACAACACAACCGUCUCCUCUACCUAUACUUCCGCCUCCAACUCUACCUCUACUUCUACCUCCAGCCCAGAGAGUGUGGACGUGGAGUGCAAGGAUCGCUCCUACCUGGACAACUGUCUCAAGAAGUUGCCUCCCAUCCUGGAGAAGUCUGAGAUGAAGGGGAUCCCCAGCUCCAAGACUGACGUCGACGCGUCCUGCAGUGCAUUCAAGAUAGGCAUGGGAUGCAUGGACACGUUUGCUAACACGUGUCUCUCCACAACAGACAGACAGACAUUAGAAGCUCAUGUCGCUGGUGCCAGACACACGUUCAAGUUCCUCUGUGAUGACCCUGUCUUCCAGUCUGAAUACCUGAAGUACACAUCUUGCUACAAGGCCAUCAGCAAGGACUGGGACAACUGCGCCAACAGGUUCGUCAGUCUUGUCAGAGAGGAGGUGGCGAGGAAGAGCUACACCAUGGAGUCUAGACUGCUGGAACUCUGCUGUGCAAGACACGGGUUCCUCAAGUGCGUGUACGUAGCUGCUCGGCUAAAGUGCAAGAAGGAGGAGGCUCUGUUCAUCAAGAAGAUCGCUGACACGUUGUCUAACAUGCGUGUGUACUCCAAGCACUGUCGCAACGUGGACGUGGCGUUUUGUGGAUCAGCUGAUCGUCCACUCCUGUCAGUGCUGCCUCUAUUGCUACUCUGGACAUUGACCUUGGUCAAGUGAACACGUUGUAACGUGGCGUUUUGUGGAUCAGCUGAUCGUCCACAUCUGUCAGUGCUGCCUCUACUGCUACUCUGGACAUUGGCCUUGGUUAAGUGAACAAGUUGUAACGUGGCGUUUUGUGGAUCAGCUGAUCGUCCACUUCUGUCAGUGCUGCCUCUACUGCUACUCUGGACAUUGGCCUCGGACAAGUGAACAAGUGAUAUCAUAACUUAUGUACAUCAUGUAAA